AUGUCUCUUCGGGAAAGUACCUCGGAUAAGUUGGGACAUAAAGUGGAGCCCGAUGCCAUGAAGGAUGAUCACGACAGGGCGGCACAUAACGUACGGGAUAAACUCGACGAGAGUGUGAUUCGUCAUUUUCCUCCCGCAACUAUAAACAAUUUAAAUACCUUUGUCACCCCUCCCAUGUCGCCGUUUCUUCGUCGUCUGAUCCUUCGUAUAGACGCCGCAUCUUACCUCCCUCGCCAAGGACUAGCUAGGGAUAACGUUGACAGUGGGGCGGCCGAUCAUCACAAUUUUGGAGAUACCGGUAGACAAGGUCCUUCGGCGGCAUUUGACGCUUUGAAGCCCAGUGGACAGCAAACCACCGGAGAAGCGUUCAAACGUCAGACGGAUAAGUUGGCCUCAGAAAUCCAACCCAAUUCCACCAAGUCCGACGGACAAGCCCUCCGCGACGCAGCGACACUAGGCAAUGACUCUGGCAAGCCUGCUGGUUUCACUCAGCAGGUAACGGACGCGGCAGCUGGGGUCAAGGAUGCAGUGGUGAACGCUUUCAAGAGUGACAAGGAGUAA